AUGGCCCUGGUCCACUCUCUCGGCGGCGGCUUCGUAGGAAGCCCUCUCGGCCCGCUCCCAGCCUCCCUGGCCAGCCGCGACAGCGAUGAGACGGCUGACGGGAUCGGCCACCAUGUGGGCGUCUUUUCUGCCCUGAGCGACUCCAUCAACCUCGUCAGGAGGGCUGUCGGCUCGUCCUCUGUCGAUGUUGCCGAGUCGGAGCUCGAGGAUAUUCUGUCCAAGUUGCAGGACCUCGAGAACCAGGUCGGCAGUCUGCUCGGCGAGGACGAGGACGGCAGCAGUGUCGAGGUCACGGCGACGACUUCGGUGUCUCUUACUGCUGCUGCUGCUGCUGCUGCCGGCACGGAUAGUGAUAGCGGCGGCAGCGAGGGAAGUAUCUUCAAUUCCACCUCUGUUGAUGCUGACAAGGCACAGGCUACUAUCAGUGGUGGUACGACGACUGCUGGUGCCAGUUCAGGCUCUGCUGCUUCCACCGUGGUGGCUGCUGCUUUGGAGUCAGGCGCUACUUCCGUGACGGGCUCCGCGGCCUCUGCUGCGGCCAUGGCGGUUUCUGCCACCGGCAUCACAAGCUCCGGAACGGCCGUCGCGACCAGCCUGGGGCACCGGUCCACCACGACCAUCACGCGCACCACCACCGUGACACUUACACGGACACUCACGACCCAUCCGGCAACCGAUGCCGCCGCGUCUGCCACCGCCACCGCCACCGCCGACGACGGCGACGAAGAAGACUAUACCGGGACCGACUCCUCGUCUUACUCCACUGCCACUGCCACCGGUUCCAGUGGUAACGAUGACGUUACAGUCGUCACGUCUACCUUGGCGUCGUCCGACCGCACGGCCGUGAUGACUGUCACAUCCACGGCAUCACCUGAGCUGGGCGUAUCGACCACCACAGCGCAGAGAAAUUCUACGGCGGCAAUGGAGAAGCGAGGAUUCCGCACGAUCAUCUUGGAAAGGGGUAUUUAG